CAUUCCGUGAUUAAACGCACGUGUUUACGGUCUUGAUAAAUAACUUUAUAAUCCAAUGAAUAAAUUUGUAUAUGUAUAAUAGUUCACGAGAAAAUAGUUAGAUGAUGGUGUAUGGUUGGAGCUUCGAAAGCUGGGAUCGGUUAGAGGUGUGAGAGGCCAUCUACAGUAGCUGUAUGAUCUUUGAAUCGGAUGACAGUGGAUGAUACAUGCAACUUUUCGCUUUUCGUGAGUUAGAAGAUCAUGGAAGAAUCACCGUAUAAAUUGAGCAGUAUACUUCUUGGACAUAGUUCUGACGUUCGAGCUGUAGCAACAUUUAAAGAUGGAAGUUUAGUUUCUACAUCCCGUGAUAAAACCGCUCGUCUGUGGAAGCCAAAUGAGACAAAUACCGAGUACAGCGAAUCUGUAGUGUUGAAAGGUCACACCAAUUUUGUGAGUUCCGUAUGCGUACUAAAUCCAUCCGAAAGAUACCCAGAGGGCUUCAUAUUAACAGGUAGCAAUGACAACAAUAUCUGUAUCUAUAAACCAGGAGAUCAAGAACCAUUGCACAUUGUCAAGGCUCAUCAGAACACAGUGUGCAAUUUGAGAACAGGAAAUGAGGAAGGGACAUUUCUUUCAAGUUCUUGGGACUUGACUGCUAAAUUAUGGCAUAUUGAUCAGCCAGAUCAGCCACAACUGACUCUAACCAGUCAUACGGCUGCUGUAUGGUGCGUUGCUGAUUUACCUACAGGGAUUAUAGUGUCUGGCUCAGCAGACAAGACAGUUAUAGCUUGGAACAGAAACGGUACCAUACUCCACAAGUUUUCUGGGCAUACAGAUUGUGUUCGUGGACUAUGUGUCAUCAAAGAAGAUGAAUUUCUAUCUUGUGCCAACGAUGCAGUUGUCAGACAUUGGAGUAUAACACAGGGGAUAUGCCUGGGGAUGUACUGCGGGCAUACUAACUACGUUUAUGGAAUAGCUUCUACAUUUUUGUCGGGUGGGUCGCAAGUGGUCACAUCCGGAGAAGACAGAACCGUCAGAAUUUGGCGUAAUGGAGAAGUUCAUCAGACAUUAACACUGCCCGCACAAUCGGUAUGGUGUGUAGAUCUGUUGCCUAACGGAGAUAUCGUCACAGGAGCUUCAGAUGGAAUUAUCAGAAUUUUCUCAGCUAAUCCCAAUCGCUACGCCGAUCCUAAAACCUUGCACCAGUAUGAUGAAUCUGUAGCAAAAACUAAGCUUAAUGCUGAACAGGAAUUGGGUGGCAUCAAGAUCAGUGAUCUUCCUGAUGUCAAAGCACUGCAACAACCUGGACAAAGGGAUGGUCAGACAAAGAUGAUAAGAGACGGAGAUUCCGUCAAGGCCUACAGUUGGUCGCAAUCACAAAAGAAAUGGGAACAUGUUGGUGACGUAAUGGGUGCUUCUGGUGGUAGUCCGGCAACGUCUGGCAAACAAUUGCAUAACGGUAUAGAAUACGAUUACGUAUUCUCAGUAGACAUUCAAGAUGGUGUCCCACCUCUAAAGUUACCCUAUAAUAUUGGCGAAGACCCGUGGUGUGCUGCGCAAAAAUUUAUCCAUGAUAAUGAUCUUAGUCAGCUAUUUCUUGAUCAGGUAGCAAAUUUCAUAGUAAAAAAUUCUCAACCCGGGCCUGUGUUGAACACUGAAGCUCAAUUCGCCGAUCCUUUUACGGGAGGAAAUAGAUACAUACCAGGUUCAGGAGCACCUGCACGAACCGUCACCAAUAACAUAAAACCACCUUCGACUAGUUCUUCUAAUACUUCUGUGUCACAGUCCUACAUCCCUCACUCUACGUACUUGAAGUUAGAACAAGCAAAUCUUCCCGCUAUUAUCGACAAACUACAAGAGUUUAACAAAAAAUUUGGCGAUAGUAUUCACACGGUUCCAGAGGAUCAGUUAAAUUCGUUUGUCAAGCUUAUGUGCAAUCCCGAUAGAGAGGCUGGCCGAACUCCUUCUACAGAAGUACUGAGAGCACUUCUGGAUUGGCCAAAUAAUUCGGUGUUCCCUGCAUUAGAUGUUGCACGAUUGGCUGUUCUUCGACCAGACGUAAAUCUGAAACUGUGUGACGAGAGAUUAUUGUCUAUUGUGAGAAGGCACUUAAAAUCUGAUGCGAUACCUGCCAAUCAAAUGUUGACCUUCAGAUUACUCGCCAACAUGUUUUGUCACGACAAGGGCGAAGUGUUAUCUCUGCAAUAUAGAGAUGAAUUACUCAAAGCUAUACUUGACCUUCCAUCAUUUGGUAGCAAAAAUAAUCAGGUUGCGAUAGCUACUUACAUGCUGAAUUUGAUAGUAGCGUUGAAUAAAUCCAAUGAUACUCCGGGAAAGAAGAGUGCGCUGAACGUGAUGUUUACGAUAUUACCACUUAUGAGCGAGCCCGAAGCUGUUUUCAGGGCUCUGGUUGGGCUCGGCACUAUUUUAGCAGCAACACAAGACCCUAAUGACCGAAAUGAGUUGAUAACAGCAGUACGAGAAUCAGAAAGUGCUCUAACUGUUCUCAGAACAAUGUCUGAAAGUUCUACCGACCUUCCUGUGCAAAGUAAACUAGCUGACUGUUCUAAACAAAUUAUUGAUUUAAUUAUCUAAAUAAUUGUGGCAGCCAAGCUUUUGUAUUUUUAAUAUUAAAAGAUAAUUUGUUUUUUUUUCCAUAUUUUGAGAUACGCAAAUUUACUUACGCGCUAAUUUAGGGAUUAUCAUACGACUCUGUGCUUGUGUCUGAUAUGCUCCUGUGUCACUGCCAUGAUAAUAAAUUUGGUAAUAUAUCAAGUGUUUUAAUAAUUGUUUCGGAAUCAUUUAGUAACAGAUCGAUUACAGAUAAUACGGAGAUGACUUCGUUUUUAAUAUAUCGGAAAAAAUCAGGGGAUUAAAGAAUUUGGAAAAUAGAUUCAAACCAACGGGUGGGGUUGAGGCAACGAGAGAGGAAGAAAAAUACAAUUUGGUUGAACUUUUCAAGUUGAAACGGUAGAGUGGGAAAAAAAAAACCAAAAAUCACGUAACCUAGAAUGUGUAUCUAAUCAAAAUGAGUUGAGAUAUAUACACCGAUGAAUAUAAAAUAAUUUAUGUAAUAUACAUAAUAUUUGAUUUAAUUCUUCGGACGUUCAAUCCAUUAAACAUACAACAGACAACAGUGUAGUAGUAGAAUAUUGUUAUUAUAGUAACGUCAAAUAUAUAUUUCCUUAACUGUUAAACAAUGACUCUUGAGUUGAUCAAAAGUCAGUUUACCCUAACUUUGUAAUUAGUUACAUGAAAAAUAACAUUCACUGUAUAUAUCCAUAUUAAUUUGAAUUAUGUUUGGUGAACAAUGCAUAUACAAUAUUUUUAUAUAUAUAUUGAGAUAGUUUGUUUCAGCCAGUCAAGGCUCGUGGCGGGAAUGUGAAUGUGUUUUUUGUUUUGUUUUUAUAAAAAUAAUUUUCAAUAUUCUUGAGAUCUGUAAGACAAUACCACAUAAGUGAUGUGUUGCUUUGUGUAAAGUUUUUUUUUAUUUUAAAUUUGUUUUUGUUUUUCUUUUUGUUUAAAACAAUUAAAGUAUGUGCAGAUGA